AUGGCUGGAACAGAGGUCAAGAUCGUCACCAGCCCUCUAGACACUAGUCGAGAAGGGUCGAUCUAUACUGGACAACAGACUCCACAGACGUCCGAAAAGUCUGAGAGUGAGAAUGGAUAUAUCGACCACUUCACGCAAGACGUCCGCACGUCACUAUUUGUUGAGAUCCAACUUUUAUUAAUUACCAUUUGCACAGGCAUUCAAGAUGCAACAACAUUCCCAGAUUACCACUGUUUUGCCUCGAACCAAACAGGCAACACCAUUUUCCUAUGCCUGGCCCUGGUUAUACCCAAAUUCAACGGUGACAUGUUCUACAAUGCCAACAUUGGCACGGGACUCGGUGUCUUUCUUUUCGCAGGGUGGUUAACAGGCCAGCUGAGCCAUGUCGUCGGUCCUCGGAAGCGAUGGUGGCUGAUUCUAUGCAAUCUGGUCCAAACUUGUCUCGUCUUUGGUGCUGCCGCAGUCCAAUACCGGUACGGAGUUCGUGACCACGGCCCGAUAGCUGUUGGUGUUGUGGCCUUGCUGGCGUUUGCCGCCGGUAGCCAGGUGGUGCAAUCUCGAAGCCUGGCGGCAACUGAAAUCAGUACUGCCAUGGCAACUGCAGCGUGGGUAGAUCUUAUGAUUGACCGAAAGCUCUUUGUCGUGGAUAACCAUCCUCGAACGAGACGCGUCUUGUUUCUUAUCGCACUUGUUGUCGGAGGUUUACUCGGUGCCCUUAUUUACCGAACCUCUGGAUCAGCAACUGCUCUUGCAGUUUCUGGCGGCGGCAAAGGCCUGGCCACUUUGUUAUACGCCUUUGCGGGGGCUGAAAAGAAAAAAGUUAACACUUCCAUGGUUUAA